AUGACUUUUAUUUCAGGUUUCGUAACGACAACACGAGUAACUCACGCAACUCCAGCCGCGCUCUACGCGAGAAGCGUUCACCGGGAUUGGGAAUGCGAUGUGUCCGUGCCCGAAAAUUUCAGGGAGAUGAGCGGCUUAAAGGACAUCGCCAGGCAACUUGUGCAAGAAGCACCAGGCAAUAAAUUGAACGUAAUUUUGGCGGGUGGAAGCGACAUGAUGGGCAGCAGCCGCAACCCGGAGUCGGCGUGCCAACGCGGAGAUGGACAAGAUUUGGUAGCAGAAUGGCUUCAUUCGAGGACUAGCUUGAACUCCCAGGGCGUCUAUGUUAAUACGACUGGUGGACUUGAAAAGGCGAAAGUGAAUGAGAUCGAUUACUUGAUGGGUAUAUUUGCAGCAGAUCAUUUGCCCUACAAUGCAGUGAGGGAUAAGGGUCCUAAUGGAACUCCGUCUUUAGCAAGGAUGACCAAACAAGCAUUAGGAAUAUUACAAAGGCCAGAUAAAGGAUUCGUUUUAAUGGUUGAAGGAGGGCGUAUUGAUCACGCGCAUCAUAAAAAUUUUGCACAAUUAGCUCUUGACGAAGCUGCUGAAUUUGACGAAGCUGUCAAAACAGUAUUGGAAAAUACAAACCCUGAAGAAACUCUAGUCAUAGUCACCGCAGAUCAUUCCCAUGCUUUCACAAUUAACGGCUAUCCUUUACGAAAUAACGACAUUCUGGGUUACACUACCGAUAAUACGACAUACUACGAAACUUUAACCUAUGCCAAUGGACCAGGAUACAAUUAUCAUAGGCAGAAUGAUACGCAGAGCAACAAGACCUGGAUUUCCGUCGAAAAUGACCAAAACAGAGAUUUACCGUAUUAUCAGCAUUUGGCAGCAUUUUACCUUAAAGACGAGACGCAUGGUGGCGAAGAUGUUCCCGUAUAUGCCACAGGUAACAUGCUUAUAACAAUUCGAUUUGUUCAAUUUGUAGAACUCACAAAUCUUUUAUAG